AAUCCCCUGCUCGACUCGAUCCCAAGCAAGCAUUUGAGAGGCAGCAUAUCAAGGCAGCUGAGCUUACUCUGAAUCGACCUCUCUCUCCUCAUCGUCGACACUGGACUCAGCCCCCGUUUCAGAGUCCAGAGUCCUAAAAACUCCUGCUUCCCAUCGCCUCGCCCACCCGACCUCGUUUGGCAGUAUGUCUCCGCCAGCUCAAUUCCACAAUUACGCCACGACGACCAUCGAGUACUCGUCCUCCGCGCCUGAACCGCCGAAUGGGCACCACGCAUCAUCACCGAACGGGAUCGAUGAUGUCCCAUCACAUCUGUACGAGAAGAUCCCAAAGCAUAUGAUGGAGGUGGACAAGAAUGGGCAUAGAGUACCGGACUACCUUCGGAUGAUCUUGAUGUCCAAGGUCUAUUCCACGCCGCUGAACCUACAGGAGACUCCCUUGACGCUGGCCGUCAAUUUGUCCGCGAGAUUGGGUAACGAGAUCUGGCUCAAGAGGGAAGACCUACAACCGGUAUUUUCUUUCAAAAUUCGCGGAGCGUACAACAUGAUGGCUCAUUUGUCCGACGAAGAGAAGAAGAAAGGUGUCAUAACGUGCAGUGCGGGAAACCACGCCCAAGGAGUCGCUCUGUCCGGAUCAGCCCUCGAUAUACCUGUCAAAGUCCUCAUGCCUACUUCCACCCCGUCCAUCAAAUGGCGCAACGUCCAACGUCUAGGCGCUCAAGUUAUCCUCCACGGACAAGAUUUUGACGCCGCGAAAGCAGAAUGUCUCCGUCUCGCUUCAGCCGAAGGUCUGGCCUUCAUACCGCCAUACGAUAAUCCUUAUGUGAUUGCUGGACAAGGGACCAUAGCGAUGGAAAUCUGUCGUCAGAUCCGAGAUGUCGAUUCGCUGGAUGGGAUAUUCGGCUCGAUAGGUGGUGGCGGUUUGGUCAGUGGAAUGGCGGCGUACAUCAAACGUGUGGCUCAGCCUUCAUUAGAAGUCUAUGGAGUCGAAACGAUCGAUGGAGAUGCGAUGGAGAAGAGUUUGCAAAAGGGCAAGAGGGUCUUGUUGGAUGAAGUGGGACCUUUUGCAGAUGGUACAGCGGUGAGAAUAGUCGGAGAAGAACCAUUUAGAGUCUGUGGAGAGCUCCUGGACGGGAUCGUCAAAGUCAACAACGAUGAGAUUUGCGCAGCUAUCAAGGACGUUUUUGAAGAGACACGAUCUAUACCUGAGCCUUCUGGUGCGCUGGCACUGGCCGGUGUCAAAGCGCAUAUUAUUCGAAAUAAUCUCGUCGGAGCUAACAAGCGGUUUGUCGCGGUCAUCUCGGGAGGCAACAUGAAUUUUGGUCGAUUAAGAUUCGUAGCGGAACGUGCAGAGCUAGGAGAGAGGAGAGAAGUAUUGAUGAGUGUCAGAGUGCCCGAAAAGCCCGGCAGCUUCGUCAAGUUUCACUCUUUGUUGGACGGAAGAGACGUCACGGAAUUCUCUUAUCGCUUGAACGCUCCUUCUCCCUCUGAAUCAGCCUACAUUAUUUGUUCCUUCAUCCUUCGGUCGUCUCUCUCGUCAGCGUCUGGCCCGACACCCGACGCAAGAGCACAAGAAGUCGCCGAGAUCAUCCAGUCGCUCGAGGAUAAUGAUAUCCAAGCGGUCGAUUUGAGCGAUGAUGAAUUCUCAAAGAGUCAUCUCAGACAUUUGAUAGGUGGACGUGGAGAGGUAGAGCAUGAACGAUUGGUCAGAUUUGAAUUCCCUGAGCGACCUGGCGCAUUGGCAAACUUUCUCAAAAAGCUCAAGCCGACUUGGAAUAUCUCCUUGUUCCAGUAUAGGAACCAUGGAGCGGACGUCGGCAAGGUCCUCGUCGGUGUCCAAGUCCCACCCGACUCUCAACCUGCUUUCGAGACGUUUUUGGCGGAACUCGGAUACCCAUAUGUGGAGGAGACGGAUAAUUGGGCAUACAAAAAUCUGUUGAGAGGCGCGAACUAGACGAGCAGAAGAGGAUGCGAGGGAGAAGACACGACAGGCAUGAAGUCUCAAAUUGGCAUAUCUGUUAUAAUUGACAACCCUGUGACAUAUUCCAUCUUGUACAUAUCUAGAUCAAAUAUAGA